AUUAUAAAAUACAUACAUUAUCGCAAAGUUAUCACAUUUCAACCAAUACAAACGUACUGUAUAUAAAACUGCAACUUUGCAGAAACAAAACCUCACACUGGAAAAGGAUUGAUGACUUAAUUACAUCGACAUUUGCCCGCGUGUGAUAACCAUUUUACGAUCAGAUUUCAUUUAUAAACUUAAAUCUUCCUUUAUUUACAUAAUAAAGAAAGGUUAAAGAUGAAAUUAUAUUUUUAAAGCUGCUUUAUUACUGUAUGAGUAGAUAGGUAUACCCGAUAUACCUCAUAUAAGUUUAUUUUGUAAACAAACGUGAAAAAGGAACACAAUUUUGGUAUAUUUCUCUCACAAAAUAAAGGAUAUAAAUUGUGUUCUUGUGUUAGCUAUGAAAAUGAAAGCUACGGUUUGCCUUAUUUUAAGGAUAAUAUUUGCUCUCUUAGGUUCAUAUACCUGUGCAAACCCAUGCAAUAACGUUAACCAUACUUACACGGGAAAUCCAAAUGAACUUUGUGACGAAACAACAACUCAAUUACAUGAAUUAGAAACAGACAUCAGUAACAGUAACAGUGGAAGUGACUCGGAAGAUUCUGGAAUAGCUAGUCACACUGUUUAUACAAUAAUAGUAGUUUUUGGUGUGGUUCUGAUACCAAUUAUUGUGUUAACAAGGGUAUGCUGGUUAAGAAAACUACAGAGGCAGAGAUGUGAAGUCAUCAACGAAAUGAGGCAAAUUGUUGAUGAACGUUUUACAGAAGAGCAGAUGAGAACAAGCGGGAUGUUUAGUUUAGAUCUGUCAAACCUACCACCCGUUGUGAUGCUUGGAAAACCACCGUCAUAUGAAGAAAGUAUUGCAAACCCCUGUAGUGGAUCUCCGCCACCCUAUGAUGAUCCACCAGGCUAUAAAAACAAUCAAUUUGAUUUUGGUGAAAAUACAACAAAUACUUGUGGGCAAGAGACUAAUAUACAACAAAGUACAAGUUCAACUGUUGCUUGCGGACGCGAAACAGAGAAUAUCCCUGUGCCUUCAACAAGUUCAAAUAAUUCAAACGACUGUGUUAUUGUAAACAAUGAAGUAACUUAUACUAGCUCAUAUAGAUUCUGACUUUGAUUGGAAUCGAAAAUAAAAUUGUUACAAUACUCACUGUAAGCUCAUAGGGUGCUUACA